CCAAAAGUCUAAAGAUUGCUCCAUCUGGUAUGUUGUUUCGGACGGUGAGUCGAGGUUGCAAUACGUUUCUGCUUAUAAAAUCAUCAUCUUGGUCGAGUCUCUAUAUUCAUCUCCUCACACCAAGUUGAAGUCGUAAUCAUGACAAUCAAGCUGGACCAGACCCCGCACAAAGUGCAGGCCAACGGCCAUCCAGAGUCAUUCAUCUUCCACCGCUCACAACGCACCAAGCCGGCCAACAUAAUCUCUGGAUCGGGCAUCAAGUUUACUCUCGACAAUGGCAGAACCAUCAUCGACGCCUCCGCCGGGCCAGCGGUGGCAUGUCUUGGACACAGCGAACCGAGAGUCGCCCAAGCCGUCAUGCGUCAGAUGGAAUCCCUCUCCUAUGCCUACUCAAUGGGUUACACGACCGAUGCUGCCGAAGACCUUGCAGCACACGUCCUCCACAACCGACCCGGUGGACUCGGCAAGGCCAUCUUCGUCAACUCGGGCAGUGAAGCCACCGAUGCUGCUUUGAAGCUAGCAACGCAAUACUGGAUUGAAGCGGGCCGCCCGUCGAAAAAUCAAUUCAUUGCCAGAAAGCAGAGCUAUCACGGCAACACCCUCGGUGCGUUGUGUGUUUCCGGCCACGAAUCCAGACGCGAGUUCUACCAACCAUGGAUGUCGAAAAACGUGACCUUUGUCGACCCAUGCUACGCCUAUCGAGGCCAAGGUAGCGACGAAACAGAUGCACAGUACUUGCAGAGACUCGAGACUGAGCUCGAGGAGACCAUCGUUAGAAUUGGAUCCGACAACGUCGCAGCCUUCAUCCUGGAGACCAUCCCAGGCACCACACUAGGCUGCGUCCCUCCCGUCCCAGGCUACCUGAGCGCCAUGCGCCGCAUCUGCGACAAACACGGCAUCCUCCUCAUGCUCGACGAAAUCAUGUGCGGCAUGGGCAAAACAGGCAAAAUGCACGCCUGGGAGUGCGAGGGCGACUUCCGGGGUCCAGACAUCCAGACCAUCGGCAAGGCUCUCGGCGGCGGCUUCGUGCCCAUCUCUGGCGUUCUCGCUUCGCAGAAAAUCUUCGAUGCUAUUGCUCAGGGCUCUCAGACGCUCGCUCAUGGUCAUACGUUCCAGGCGCAUCCGAAUGCGUGUGCUGCUGCGUUGGAGGUGCAGAAAAUUAUCGCUGAGCGGGAUUUGUUGGGCAAUGUUGCGGCGAGAGGCGAGCAGCUGGAGCGGGAGAUGAAGGCGGAAUUGUCGUCUUUGCCGCAUGUUGGCAACAUCCGAGGAAGGGGUUUGUUCUGGGCGAUUGAGUUUAUGAAAGAUCCUGCUGCUCGCACGCCGUUUGCCAGGGGAAGCGGAUACUCGGAUCGCGUGGUUGAGGUUGCGCAGGGCCUUGGGCUGAAUAUUCUGGGCACGCUGGGUCACACGGGCGAGUAUCAUGUGGAGCAUGUGAUUAUUUCUCCGCCCUACAUCAUCUCUCAGGAGGAGGUGAGCGAGGUUGUGAGGCUUCUGAGGGAGACGAUUGUGGCUGUUGAUCAGGAGGGCAAAAAGUGGUGAACAUUCUAGCUGA